AUGGAAAAGAACAUCUGCUAUCGGCAACGAAGGAGAAAAGAAGUCGUCUACGACGACUGCGUACUUGAGGGCUCCUUGUUCCAAAGUGACUGGCACAUCGAGGAGGACCCAAACGUGGACUACGAGGUGCUGCUCAAAGGAUUACGAGCCUGUGCUGAACGUGCCUCGAAGCCGCGCACGACAAACUUGGAUCGAAUUUCGAAGACCACCAAAGAAUUGCUGGAAGGAAGAAGGGCUUUGAGGCUUGAUCCGAAUGUAUCGCACAUUGAGCGGUUAGUGGCAAACACUGGCUGCAGAAAAACGUUGCAGGAGAUUUUGAAACACAGGCGGAAGAAGAUUCUGGAAGCAGCACAAAGAAGAACGAGUCUAAAGAAGUGCCGCAGGGAUCUCCGUGAAUAUAAUAUUCCGCUAACAGCCUUGCUGAGCGAAGACGGGACUCACACGUCUUCUCGUCGUGAGAUGGAAAUCAUUACGGAGAGGUUCUACUCGAACAUUUUCCGUUUAUCAACUCUUGCGUCAAGCCCGAUCAUCCUCACUGGUGAAGCCCACCACGGAUUCUACCUUCGGAAGUACGAGUCGCUAUCAAGAGCAUGA